GACGUUGCACACCACAAGCUACAUUCGAUCCAAAUGUGCCUUGAUCUGAAUAAUUCUGGAACAAAAUUUUAAACAUAAUUUUUCAACUCGCCGAGCAAACUUGCUUUUUUAAUGGCGAGUUUUUCAUCACCUUGAACUUGAAGUGCGGUGGCGUGUUUUGUUUUUAACACGCAUUGCACAGCAGACGUGUUCAUCAGGCAGUUAUAUAUCAGUGUAGAGCAGGAAGUGGUGUGUGCCUUGAUAACAAACGUACUUGCACUCAUACCACGCUCUCAGUCGCGUGGAAUUUUCUCGGAGGUGCGUUUAUUUGAAAUGUUUUGUCGAGACGUGGUGCAAAAGUGAGAGUAAUGCGGCGAGAAGAAAAUUUGAGUGGCAAAAACAGCCGUGUCCGCAGACAUACCAUAGCAACAGCGAUGCGAAUCGAGACGAAUCGCUCGUUGCUGGAAGAGUUGCUGCACGAGAUUUACCGCGACGGGCCGGCCAUCAGCUCACCCUCUGAAGGCAGCAUCGAGCCCUGCUUCUGGGACACGUUGGCGCCGUCGGCCGGCGCCGACGGAAUCGCCACCCUGCGCUCCAGCGCCGACGCCCUGAAGGCGCAGGUCAAGUCCCUCGGCGCCCACCUCGGCCGACAGCUUCGGCUGCGCGACGCCCUGCGCAGGAAGUGCGACCUGCGCUGCGAAGUGGUCACUGCCCUCCUCAGGGCCAACUCGGCUUCCACAGGUGAGGAUGCGCGCGUCCGAUUCAGCGUGGUGCCGCCGCCGUCGGACAGCGGCUUCGUCCAGUGGCGCGACGCGAUGAAAAUGGUGGCCAAAAUGCCCGGAGGCAUUCCUCCUGAGUUCCGUCGCAGACUUUGGCUGACGUUGGCGGAGCGGCACUUAACGGCCAGGUGCGUCGACUGGUCGCAAACAGAGCGCGUCAUUUUCAGUGACACCAGCAACCCUGACGAUGAAGAACUCGGCGUCCAAAUCGUCAAGGAUCUGCACAGGACGGGGUGCAGUUUGUUCUGCGGCGCGACGGGCGAACACAACCAGGCGCUGCUCAAAAGGGUGCUGCUCGCCUACGCCAGGUGGAACAAAAACGUCGGCUACUGUCAGGGCUUCAACAUGCUCGCCGCUCUCAUUCUUCAAGUUAUGGAUAAGUCUGAAGUGGAUUCUGUCAAGGUGAUGAUUCUGCUGAUCGAGGGUGUCCUUCCGGACGGCUACUUCGCGAGCAACAUGUGCGGCCUUUCGGUGGACAUGGCGGUGUUCCGCGAACUUCUGCGGCUGCGGCUGCCGCGACUCUCGAAGCACCUGGAGGCGCUGCAGGCGGAGGCGUCGGGCGCCGGCUACGAGCCGCCCCUGACCAACGUCUUCACCAUGCAGUGGUUCCUCACCCUCUUUGCCAACUGCCUUCCACACAACACGGUGCUCCGCCUCUGGGACCUCGUCCUGCUUGAGGGCAACGAAAUCCUGCUCAGGGCGGCCCUCGCCAUUUGGUCCUCAUUGCAAGAGCGGAUUCUGGCGGUGGAAAGUGCCGACGAGUUUUACAGUAUCAUGGGUGUGCUGACGCGCGAAAUGCUCGAGUUCGGUCUUUCGGACGCGAACCAACUGAUCAUGGCCGUGAUCGCCGUCAAGCCGGUGACCGAACUGUCCGACCUGCGCGACAGGUUCACGUACAACAUCACACCCUGGGGCGGCGCCGUGGGGGCGGCGCGCCGGGGGCUGCGGCUGCUGCAGCUCGACGACGACACCGACGACGACCUGGACGAGGACAAGAUGGCCGUGGCCGCCUUUGGCCUGGGCUCGGUGUUCGGGGGGCGCAGGCCGUCCGUCGACCGCGAGCGACUCAACCUGGACAUCAGCGCCCUGAAGGAGCAGUACUCACGGCUCAGGGUGCGCCAGAGACAGGCGCACAUCAUCAUCUCAGCGGCCUGUUCGCGAGCGCCGGGUCCAUCCGGGCGACCUGUGACGGCCCCCGUUGUCAUGAACCAUUUGCUUCUAGGCCGUUCCGCCCUGCGCGAGGGCCCCCGUCGCCCCUCGGCCCCUGCCCUGACCCAACUGCACACCCCGCAGAAGAAGUCGUUGCAGCCGCCGCGGCGAACCAAGACGCCCCUGGCCGCAGGGUCCACCAUCAGGUGGCACGAGCUGCAGGGUCGCAGGAGUCCGUCGCCUCCAGAGGGCGGCAGGUCGUCGUCAUCCACCUCCACCGCGUCCAGCAGCACCGAGCUGUGCGACUCGGACAGCGACAACGAGGACGUCUCACCGCUCCCCUCCCUCUCCCUCCCGCCCCCCGAAGAGGAGAAGGAAGAGGAAGGACAGAAGGAGGAGGAGGAGAGGCGACCCAACACCCUGGAGGUCGCAGCGCCCAUCUCGUCGCUGCUCUCGCCGAUGGACUCGCCUUUCGAAAUGAUGCCCUUGUCGCCCGUCCCGCCAGAACUGCCGCCCGUGACACUGGACAAGUCACCGCCUUCGCAAAACGCAAGUCUUUCACAAGAAUUCGACUUUCUGUCCGACAAACUGCUUUCGUGUUCCUUGGACGCGUCGUCGCCCAACCCGCCGCCCUCCGACUCGUCCAGUUCCGACUACUCCUUCCCCAUCGAGUGCACGCAGAAAAUCACCAUCCCCCAACUGACGCCGCGCACCACCCCUUCGCCCCAGUUUCAAGCAAUAGUAGACUUCUCUUUCCCCGAACCGAGCGUAGCAAUAGAAGAACCAGUCGAUUCCGACAAACUCUCAAGCUUUACUCCUCCGAAAGAAGAAACUGAGAUUAUCAAGACUCCAGUGAAAAUCAAACUGAUGAACUUCAAAUUCCCCUCGCUCUCUCCGGACGAGGAGGACGAACCACCUGAAAUUGAGCAAUUAGCAAGUGCGACCAAAAUUUCACCGACUGAUCUGUGUGGACAAAGUGUGGAGGGGGCGGGAGUGAGUUUGUGUCUGCCUUUGAUGGACAGUCCGAUUGCUUCUUCGUUCACUUCUCCGGACUCCUCCUCGAACAUGCCCGACUUGGUGGCCGACCUGUCGCCCAUCAGGUUGGAGCCGGUCAGUCCUCCGAAGGCCGUGUCUCCGCUGUCGCCCAUGCUGGAGGGGUCGCGGAAACGGUGGACCGUGGCCAUGUGCGAGUCCGCCUCCUCCUCGGUGGAGGAGGAGGUGGAGGGGGAGGCGGCCGAGCGGCGGGCGCGCGCCUUCCAGGUCAUUCGAGAGAACUCGGAGAUUCUGCAGCGCAUCGUGCAGCAGCCGCCAACGAGGGCGGCCGGGUGGGGCCGCGCGGCCAGCGAGGACCGGCCGUACAGCCCCUUCCCCAAGGCCCGGCAGCCCAACCGCGAGGCGGGCGUCCGGCUCGGCCUCUACAAGAAGUGACGCUCCCCAAAAUCAGCCUUGCCGCUGCCUGCGGCCCCACUGUUGAUCGUUUGCCAACCCUAAAGGCGGUGGCCAAUUAUUUGAAAUUGUAUGCAAAGCAGGUUAAUGAGGAUAAUUAUUAAAGUUGUGAAUUCUUACGCCCAGUGUUUCUGUUUGAAAAAAUACUUUAUAGAUACGUUGCAUUAAAUUUACACUCUAACUUGAAGUUUGAAAUUUACAAUAGAACUUAAAGAAUAAAAUAAUAUUCACAUAGUUCUUA